AUGAAGAUCUCGCAGACUACCUUCCUCGCCUCAGGUUUGGCAUCAAUUGCCUCAGCUCAGGAUACAACCUGUAGCACCUCAAGCCUCAAUACUACAGCCUCCACUUGGACUGUCGCAGAAACCGACACCAUCUUCAGCAUCGCUGCCGCCACCAACCGUGGUGUUUGUGAUAUUGCACGUGCCAGCAGAAUGCCAGAUGCUGAAUACAUCGAUACGGGUAUGGUACUUAUCAUUCCCGCUCAAGUCUGCAAUCCCGACGACGAGUCCUGUCUCCUCACUGCCUCGAACGAUACCACCUUAUGUGUAUAUGGAGGACCUCACACAUACACCACUGUGCGCAAUGAUACUAUCACCAAGAUCGCUACGAAAUUCAACGUUGAUGUUUCGGUGCUCUCAACCAAUACUACUACUGGCAUGCUCAAGGUUUCAUCGGUCGAUGAGAUUAUUACAGCUGGAACUCUGAUGAAGGUGCCUCAAUGCAGCCCUUCUGAGUGUACUGUUCAGCCAAUUCAGUUCACCUAUGGUGUGUAUAAGGAUUUGGCUGAGAAGUAUCAUACUACCGUUGGACAGCUGUUUGGAUUCAACACUGGAUAUCGGUACAGUGAUUCUGUUGAGUCUCUUUCACCUGUUCUUACGAUACCUAUGAAUUGCAAGCCGCUUUCCGAUAAUAUCACUGUUAUCUCAUAA